GGUCAGUUGGUUUAUAAUGCACUCUACGGGCUAUGGCAGACUUCUUCCAGACGAAGUUCUUCUGGCUAAUGCGUCAAUUGACGAUGACUGCGUAGAGAAUGAAGCAGCGGACGCCAGGGUAGAUCCGGGGGAGGGUGGCCCGGUCUCUUCGGGGUCAACAUCUUCCCAGGGGCCAUCAAGGAAUGGCCAUAUUUCUGUAAACUAUAACAUGACGGGGUUUCAAAGGGCAAAGUACUACGAAAUCGCCAACAAGGAGUCCGCAGACUACCGCAGGAUCGAUUUAAUGUAUAAACUGAUGCGAAUCUGCAACACUUUGAAAAUUCCAGACCACGAGAGGAUAUACUCACUUUUCCUAAAGAGACUCAAGACGAGGUUCCGUCUGGAGGCUUCGACGAGAAGUCUCGAGAUUGUGGUUGCGGCCCUGUACUACAUCGACGAAUGCAGACGCAAUUUCGGGCGUCUCAGCGUGCGUGACGUCCUCAGCAGGAUCAAAGACUGCGGUAUUGGCCUGAAAAAGUUCGUCGGAUACGUGGCAAAGGUCUGUGACGAGCUCAGCAUCGCCGAGCUUCCAUCGGAGAGGUACGAUACGAUCGUCUCAAAUGCGCUGGACCAGCUGCGAGACUACCUAAGAGGUGGAGAAAAGGACGAACUGAUGCCCAAAGCAACCACAACUGUGCUUGGGAACGUGAAUCGAUUUGCAAGUUUGGAUGAACUUGUGGCGAUGGUUGCCAACAAUCCCAUCAGUGACAUUCCAAGGGACAAAUCUACGAGUUUAGAACAAGGAAGUAUCGUUCCACAGGCUGAACUUGGGGACAGCGUCCCGGUGGAUCCAAUGCUUCCAUACCAUUUGUCCGCACAGUAUCACAAACUCUCACAAAAUAACCAAUCUCUCCAGAGGGGAGAUGAGAAGGGCCAGUCAAAGAAGAAGGGAACACUUCACAGGUCUCUGUAUAGAGCCGUUGGCAUAAAGUUUAAGAGCAUCGAGGAUAUGGUUUGCAGGAUUCUGGAACUUAUCGACGAUGAAUCGGGAGAUAUCCUGGACCCCAGGUCUAGGGCAAUGUACAGAUGUAAAAAGACGCUUGUCGCCAGUGUAUUGGCAAUUGUGAUUGCCGCUCUAAAGAUUAAUAUUUCGCCAAGUGUCUUGGUUAGGGCCUUGGAUGUCGCAAGAUCCUCGUUCUACAGAAACUACAAGAGGGUUCUGGACCUUCUUCGUAUGCUAUUUGCAAAGAGGUUUUCGUGCAAGAUUAUAAAUACGCAACAUUUGCUAUCUCUAGUUGCUCUUUUCCUUGUGGAGCACAUGAACAAGCUGGAUACUGAUAAGGAUGGACCGCUCAGCUUCCCCAAGAAUUUUGGCGCCUUUACCAAAGCCAAGUACAAGGGACUGAUGAUUGAAUCUGAUUUUAAUAUAAACUAUGGAGAGUUGUUGGGGAAGAUUUCAAGGGUUAAUGGAAGACUUGACAACUCUGGGAAUGUAAUGUCUACGUUCUCAAAGACCGUAAACUGCCUGGAAUUUUUGACAAGGGCAUGGCACGCAGGAGAGAAGGGUGAUAAAGGAGAGGUUCCUGCUGCUAGCAAUGGUGAAUCUGAGAAACCUCGUAAUACGGGUGACGAGGAGAAACGCAAGCCUAGUAAAGAAAAGGAAGAACGUGCGGAGACGGAGCAGCCUAAAAAGAAGGUUUACCUAAUUCAUGAACGUAGUAACAAUCGUUAUGUGUGCCGUUACAGGGACGAGGCCGGAGCAUUGCGUAGAAAGACAUUUUCUAUAGCUCGUCACGGUCAGGAUGUAGCCCUGAGGUUGGCUAGUACAUUUUUGGAAAGCUUAUCUGCUUCUUGA